ACCUACGGGACGGGCAAGAGCAGAAGCCUCGGUGCACGCCUGUUCUCCUGCCUGCCUUCAUUUCCCAUCGUGCUGAGGCGGGUGGCAUGGCGGAGAAGGAUGACACCGGAGUUUGACGAAGAGGUGGUUUUUGAGAAUUCUCCACUUUACCAGUACUUACAGGAUUUGGGACACACAGAUUUUGAAAUAUGUUCUUCUUUGUCACCAAAAACCGAAAAAUGUGCUACCACAGAGGGACAACAAAAGCCUCCUAUGAAAGUCCUACCGAAACAAGGCAUCCUGUUAAAAGUGGCUGAAACCAUCAAAAGUUGGAUUUUUUUUCCUCAGUGCAAUAAGAAAGAUGACUUACUUCACAAAUUGGGUUUCAUCUUUGUAGAAGGUGUAUUGAGAAGGUCAAGGAAGUGUCUUAUCAUCUACGUAGAAUAUCAUCUUUACCCAGGUGGAGCCAUCUCAUUCUUCAGUGAUACUAGGACUGUGGAUACUGGAUUCCGACUCAACUUACUGCAUACCAUACUGCAACAGGAAGUCCUGUUACAAGAGGAUGUAGAACUAAUUGAGCUACUUGAUCCCAGUAUCCUGUCUGCAGGGCAACCUCAACAACAGGAAAAUGGACACCUUCCAACACUCUGCUCCCUGGCAACCCCUAAUAUUUGGGAUGUCUCAAUGCUAUUUGCCUUCAUUAGUUUGCUGAUUAUGCUUCCUACUUGGUGGAUUGUAUCUUCUUGGAUGGUAUGGGGAGUGGUUCUAUUUCUUUAUUUAAUCAUACGAGCAUUGAGAUUAUGGAGGACAGCCAAACUACAUAUGACCCUAAAAAAAUACAGUGUCCGUCUGGAAGAUAUGGCAGCAAAUAGCCGAGCAUUUACUAAUCUAGUGAGAAAAGCUUUACGUCUCAUUCAAGAAACUGAAGUCAUUUCCAGAGGAUUUACACUUUUGCUUGACAGGGUCAGUGCUGCUUGCUCAUUUAAUAAAGCUGGACAGCAUCCCAGUCAGCAUCUCAUCGGUCUUCGGAAAGCUGUUUACAGAACUGUAAGAGCCAACUUUCAAGCAGCAAGGCUAGCUACCCUAUAUAUGCUGAAAAACUACCCCCUGAACUCUGAGAGUGACAAUGUUACCAACUACAUCUGUGUGGUGCCUUUUAAGGAGCUGGGCCUUGGUCUUAGUGAAGAGCAGAUUUCAGAAGAGGAAGCACAUAACCUUACAGAUGGCUUCAGCCUACCUGCAUUAAAGGUGUUGUUUCAACUCUGGGUGGCACAGAGUUCAGAGUUCUUCAGACGGUUAGCCCUGUUGCUUUCUUCAGCCAAUUCACCUCCAGGGCCCUUACUUUCUCCAGCACUCUUGCCUCAUCGUAUUCUGUCUGAUGUGAUUCAAGGUCUACCUCAUGCUCAUUCUGCCUGUUUAGAAGAGCUUAAACGCAGCUAUGAGUUCUACCGGUACUUUGAAACCCAGCACCAGUCAGUACCCCAGUGUAAAACUCAGCAGAAGUCAAAAGAACUAAAUAAUGUUCACACAGCAGUGCGCAGCUUGCAACUCCAUCUGAAAGCAUUACUGAAUGAGGUUAUAAUUCUUGAAGAUGAACUUGAAAAGCUUGUUUGUACUAAAGAAACACAAGAACUAGUGUCAGAGGCUUAUCAAAUCCUAGAACAGAAGUUAAAGUUGAUUGAGCCCCAUGUUCAAGCAAGCAACAAUUGCUGGGAAGAAGCCAUUUCUCAGGUGGACAAACUGCUACGGAGAAAUACAGAUAAAAAAGGAAAGCCUGAAGUAGCCUGUGAAAACCCACAUUGUACUGUAGUACCUUUGAUGCAGCCUACUCUACACAUUGCAGACAAAGAUCCAAUCCCCGAGGAGCAGGAAUUAGAAGCUUAUGUAGAUGAUAUAGAUAUGGACAGUGAUUUCAGAAAAGAUGAUUUUUAUUACUUGUCUCAAGAAGACAAAGAGAGACAGAAGCGUGAGCAGGAAGAAUCCAAGAGGGUACUUCAAGAAUUAAAAUCUGUGCUUGGAUUUAAAGCUUCAGAGGCAGAAAGGCAGAAAUGGAAGCAACUUCUCUUUAGCGAUCAUGCUGUGUUGAAAUCCUUGUCUCCUGUAGACCCAGUGGAACCCAUAAGUAAUUCAGAACCAUCAGUGAAUUCAGAUAUGGGAAAAGUCAGUAAAAAUGAUACUGAAGAGGAAAAUAGUAUUAAGCCCUCCACAAAUGACAAUGAAAUAAGUAGGACUGAGUAUUUAUGUGAGAAUCAACGAGAGGAUAAAAAUAAAGACAAUUCUGCAAAUGAAGUCUUCCUCCAAGGGCCUGAAGAAGCAAUGUGCUACCAGUGUGAGAGUGAGGACGAAUCUCCACAGGCCGUUGGAGGUGGCCUGGCCACUGUCUCUCCAACUCCCAGGGACUCCUUGCAGCCCUCCAUCAAGCAGAGGUUGGCACGGCUCCAGCUGUCACCAGAAUUUACCUUCACUGCUGGCCUCGCAGCAGAAGUGGCUGCUAGGUCUCUCUCCUUCACCACCAUGCAGGAACAGACUUUUGGCGAUGAGGAGGAAGAACAAAUGAUAGAAGAAAAUGAAAACGAGGUAGAGGAAAGUAAGAACCAAGAUCAAUGAAAUGAUUUUAGAUUGUUCCUUUUACAAAAGUGUUUUAGCUUCAGGACUGGAAAGGGAAGAUAAGUGUAAGUUUACUAUCUAUAAAGUUAAGAUGUGAAUUUCUAGGAAGAAACCUGGUUUGAACAACUGUCUCAGAUUAAUAGUUACCUGUAAGUGGCAGAUUUUUUAGGAAAAUAAGAGAAAGGUAAGGGCUCUUUAAAAUAAACUGCUGCUUUAUUUGUGGCCCAACUGAUAAUCUUGGUAAUUAUUUAAGUACUUUUAAUAAGAAAUGAAUUUAUCAUUUCUUGCCAGAAUUUGCUACCAUAAGGUGACUAGGUUAAUUCUCUUGCAAGAACAUUAACAUUUAGUAUGACUCCUUUUUACUGUAUCUUUGCAGUUAGUAACUGCAGCUAUUAUGUUAAUAACGAGUUGUUUGUAUUUUAUUUUUGUUUAUACCAGUCUUAAAAAAAAGAUACAGGUUCUGAAUAAAAAAAAUUUAAUUCAUACAAUUGAUGUGUGCUGGGGUUUGGAACUUAAAAGUAGUUUCAAAAAUAGUUGGGUUAUGACAUAAUUCUUAUUGUUCGUGUAAAUAUUCAGUAGUUAAUUUUAAGAUGUUCCUAAUAGUCUUUAAAAGGAAAACAUACCAGGUCAAGAAAAACCCUUUCAACUUUUUUCUUUUGUUAUUACUUUUUCCUUCCUUUGUUAUUACUUUCCUUGUCAAAAGUGGGAUCCCUAUAGUAAAAAACCCCACCCCCAACUUAGCAUAAUGUUCUUUCUAUCAGUUUGCCUCAAGAUAAUUGUGCACCAUUACCACAAGUAGGUCCAGUGCUACAAUUUUCUAGCCUGUGAGCCUGUGAGACUCAGGAAACCUGUCAGCUUCCUGGAAAGAAACCUUGUCUUCCUAGUCUUCAUUUGCAAGCUACCUCUUAGAAGAGACUGCUUUUCAAAGUGGCCAAUCUUGUGUGUUGCGAUUCCAUUGUUGAAGACUGGUAUUUUUUGGAGUAUACUGUUUUUGAAACCUGUAACUCCUGUACCUGACAUAGUUUAUAGACAUUAUUUAGGGAAAAUGUAAGAAUAACUCAACUUACGCUGUUAUACUACAGGGAAAUUACAUGAUGAAUCUAGAUUAUCUUUAGAUAAUCUAGAAAUACAUUUAAAUUAUGUCACUUAGCACUUACAGUGAGUAAAUUUACUUAUACUCAGAAUUGUUUAUUUUUUUAAUAACUUUUUUUUUAAUCCUGAGGAAAAACUUGGUUUAGCUUUAUAUGACUAGUAGACAUCCUUUGUACCAUAAGUGAUUUUUUCCUUUUGCCAAAAUUUUGGGACUUAUCGUAAUAAACCUCUUCAGAGUAAUACCUUAGGUUGGACCUAGUUAUACUAAAUUUGAAGGAAAAAAGAAUCUUCUUGUGUUGUUACUGACUUCUGUGUUCCUAAGUAAUAAAUAAUACCUAUACUUUCUGGUUUAAAUCACAAACUUAGUUGCCAACUCCAUUUUUCCUGGGAUUUAGGAAAAGCAAUUAUAGAAAAACUUGGUGAUCUUUAUUUUAACCUAUCACCUUACAGAGGAAAAAUCAGAGUUUAAUAAUUUUAAUUCUUUUAUUCUAUUUUGUUUCUACUAUCCUGAUUUGGGAGAGAGAUCUUCAUAACAGUAUCAGUUUUAUUCAGUGCUCUCUGAGGUGACACUUCUUCAUUCUGAAAGAUUAGAUAAUUUGAAUCAGAAUUUUCCAGUCUUCCAAUCUGAUCUGUUUUAUUCACUAGCCAUUACAUAGUUUCAUGAAAACUCUACUUGUUGAAAUCAUGAUCUAAAGAUCUUGGAACAUUAACCAAAUAUUAGGUGUUUUGUAAGUAGUUUUUCAAAUUUUCUUUCAUCUUAUAAAAUAUUUUCAAGAUAAAAUAUUAUCUUCUUGAAAAUUCCUUGACGAAUUUUUUCCUGAAAUGUUCUAAGUUGAUAUUUCUCAUUGUCGUUUUAGUGGGAUACCUGCUUCAGAAUAAACUAGAGGUCUUUUUUUUUUUUUUUUAAUGAGAAUUUUAGGACAUACUCUCUGUAAUUCUUAGCUUGAAACGAGACCUAGGUAAUGUUCAUGCCCAAUAAAAUGUAAGAAUCCCUGUUUGUCACUUAGUUCUUCCAAUGAAUACCUUAGGAAAUAUAAGAAACAGGCCAAUAUAAUAUAAAUAGGUGUUCUUGUUUACCAAUGUAAUAUAAAUAGGUGUUCUUGUUUAUUACUUUUUCUAAGAAUAUUCUACUUUCUCUUAUCAGGUUGUUGAUAGUUUUAAUAGCUGCCAUUCUACAUCCAGAAGAAGCCUCUGGGAAAAAAACAUUUUGUGGAAAACACUUAUAACUGUACUUUGCAAAUUUUACAGUAUUUUUUGACAGUAUAAAUCGUGGUAGUGCUAGUAUCCUGACAGCUCUUAAUACAAAUAUCGCCAUGGUUUGUUUUAUCAAGACAAGCCUAGAACUCAAAGGAAGGAUACAUGUGAGGGGCUGAUUUAGGCCACUCUUUAAGACAGAAUUUUUAUCCUUUGUCCACGUACAGAUAGGAAAGUCAUGACAGAAAGUGGUCUGGUACAAGUUAUCAUGCCUUAAAUCCUUUUUCUCAGCUUUUAUUAAAGCCCUACCUAUCUGGCACAUCUAGGGCCAGACUCUUGUUGGUCUAUGACUUGCAAUCCUCUGCUUAUUUUCAUAAGUUCUUUGUGUUUUCUGAUUUUAUAGCUUACAUCCUCAUUAAAGCUAAUGGUUCUCACAGUAUAUGAAUAUAUUUCAUUAGGAAACUGAUACCUUAACUCAAAUCAGAAUUCUUAAGUUACUGAAUACAAGCAAAUUGAGAGAAACACACUUAAGGCAAAUUAAUAAGAAAGUUUUAAGAGGAUAGGUUCAUGCUUUCCUAUAGAAGAAUAGGCUGAGUUUAAAUUCCAUACCCUUCAUUUAAAAGCUGUGGGUGAGGGCUGGGGUUGUGGCUCAGCUGUAGAGUGUUCGCCCACCAGGGGCAAGGCCCUGGGUUCACUCCUCAGCACCACAUAAAAUAAAUAAAUAAUUCAAAAAUUAAAUAUAUAAAAGCUGUGACCUAAUAAAGUUAGGGAGAGUCUUUCCAACAGAACUCAAAUUCUCUGAAUUUCUAAAUGCUAUUUGCACUUUCUUUUCAGGAGAAGAUAAAAGGAAAUAAAAUGUUUGAGACUGAAAAGCAAGAUUGGUUAUAAAUAUAUUAGUAAAAACAGGUCAAAAAUUUUUAAACUCAGUUUUCUUAAAAAAGUAAUAGUCUGACUCACAUUUUAAAAAUUAUAACACUUUUAAUGUUAAAGUAUAAAAAUCAACUUCUGGUAUAUUUCAAAAGUUAUAGGUUAAUGAAGUAUUAAUCAGAUAGGACCCUAGAUUUCAUUUCCCUCUGUUGACUAUUUACAUUUUACCAAAUGAUUAGAAAUCCUUUGUCAAAAAUCCUAUGUAAUUUGGUUUAAUCACAGUAUGUUGUUUCUGUACCCAAACAAAACCAGGAUACAAGAACUAAAUACCAUAAGAUGGUGAUACAUAUAGCUAAACCAUUGCUUGAGGUUAAGUAGAUAGUAUGCUAUGAAUGACAGGGUAUAAAGAUUUAUUUUUCCAGUUCCAUUUAUAGGAACAUAUCUGUGUAGUUCAUAACUUAGAUUAGAAAACUAAACUGCAAAUAAUUUAGGAGAGAAAAUAUAGAAAAUGCCUAAGUACUGUAACAAUUCAUUCAGCUGUCAUCAUUGACAGGUUAUUAACUUGAAUCAGUUAAUUUUUAAAAAAUUUUUUUAGUUGUAGAUGAACAGAAUACUUAUUUAUUUUAUGUGGUGCUACGGAUGGAACCCAGUGCCUCAAACAUGCUAGGCAAGUGCUCUACCACUGAGCUACAGCCCCAGUCCCAUUGAAUCAGUUAAAUUUUGAGGCAAAUUCAUUUAAUCGCACCUCUCCAUUUUUCUGAAGUAUAUAGAAUGUAGUUUAACCUUUUCUUUUUCAUCUUUAAGAAUAUCACCUCCUAUCAUGGGUGAUUGACAAAUUCACCCUCGGGGAUGACAGGAAUGAUGUCGGGCCCCUUUACUGGCUAACUUCACAUUGCUGUGCUUUUUUGAAUACUGUUUGUUUUUCACAGUUUCUCUAUCUUCCCUUAUAAUCAGCUGUGAUUUUGCUGCUGUCUUGUGUGCCUGCCUUCUGCAAUAGGCCCCUAAUUUGCUGCUUCUAAUCUGCUGUGGACUGAGAAACCAGAUUGCCAAGCUUGCUAGAAUUGUGUCUAAAAUAAGAGUAAGUAGACUGCAACAAGGCUAAGGGCUCUUCUAUCAGUAAAGUGCAUGGACUUUGUGAUACCUGUUUGGGUUCUUAGCAUUCAUCUGUUUGCCUCUUACUAAGGACUUGCUAAAACUGCUUGGUUGAAUAUGUGAUUGCCAUAUAUUUGAAGUAUUAAUUCUGUUUUAAUAUAUUGAUGUUUCUAGGAUUCCCUGUUAAUGAAUUCAAUGCUAAAAGAAAAAUUUGACUACCAUAUUUGUAUAAAUCAUUGUGUAUAUGUCAGGAAAAUGUUAAAUAUUUUGUUUUUGUUAAUUGUUCUUAGUUGAGUACACAGAUUUGAAAUUUAUGGCAUGAUUAACAUGACUUCAGCUCUGUCCACCAAGACUUAUAUUCUCGAACUAUUGGUCUGAGACUAAACAUGACUAAUUUAGUAAGAACUGGCUGACUUGACUAUUUGGGGAAUGAGUCAUUCUUGAUAUCCCAAUUUUCUAUUAAGCUUAAACUUCUUUCAGCAUUAAAUUUUUGGAAUAAUAUCUGAAGGCAAUCUUUAUAAAAACUAUUGCUGUCUUCUUAAACAAUAUAUGAAAUACACUUUAAGCUUUUAUAUUAAAAUUAUCAUUUUGAACAUUAGUUAUUAUACUUGGAUAGACUAAACACUGAGAAUUAUUUGUCCUGUACUAAAUGACUCCAUUCUGCAGCACUUGUGUCAGUUUUCAUGUCUUUGUUUUCAGUGGAUGUUCUGAUUCCUCCAUUUAUAUUACUGCUUGCUUAAGUGUGAUUGUAGCAAUGUACUUUAUUCACCUUCGUAAUGCACCUUCUGAUCUGCUUGGGUUUGGGGGACCAGAUGACUAAGAUAGUUAGAACUGAGUACUAACUAAAGUAAGAGUAAAUGGACCUACAGUGAAGACAUGAAGAAGUGGAUUGUGCUUCCUUGCAUGGAUGUUUGUGACAUCUGUGACUCUCCACCUGUUAGGUUGCUGUCCUUAGUUCAGUGAGGUUACCAUAUUAGAUACCUACUCUCAAAAUACAAGUUGUUAUUUUACAAAAGGAGCCAUUUCGUUUGCAUACUUUACUUUCUGUUUGGAUAGUUCUAUGCUACAAUUCUUUGGCUCUGAUUAAAACCAGGUCAUUUGAAUUAGCAUUUUCAAUCGUAUUUUCUCUUUGAAUUGGAUGCCACGUGCUUUUUUUUUUCCCAAGAGAAAUGUAUUUUUGUUUCCAAGACAUAAAGUAGAUUAAGUCCUGAAAAAUAAGAAAACAUUAAUUAUUUUUUAAAAUAUUUUUUUAGUUGUCAAUGGACUUUUAUUUUAUUUAUUUAUAUGUGGUGCUGAGAAUCGAACCCAGUAACACGUGCUAGGCAAGUGCGCUACCACUGAGCUACAACCCCAGCCCAACAUUGAUUAUUCAUAUCAUAGAGAUCUGAGAAUUAAUAAGAUUUAUAAGAUCUAGGCAAUUAUACCACAAAGUAUUUAUUCUUUGAUAUGCUACUUUUUCAAACAGUAUCUUUAUUUAUUUAUUUAUUUUUUACUGUUGAAUUGCUUUAUUAAAUUAUCUGGGAGGUAUAUUUUUUUUCUUACAUAUGUAGGACUGAGGUGCAAAAAGCUUAAAUGACCCUUUGGGAUUACACAGUGAAUCCAUGGCAUAAUCUGAAAGGAUUUCAUAGCAAAGCACACAGGGUCAGAAUCAUCUCCUUGAAAACAUUAUACCCUUAUGUUACAAAUGUUCCUAGUUCAAAAUACAUUAUGAAAUGCUCAAAAAAUCAAAAAUAAAUUUAACUAUUUUAAAUUGGCAUCACCAUGUACAGAAGUACCUAGAACAAAAUCUGAGAGGUUUCCUGAUUGACCCUCCAUUAUAUUAAUAAAUUGCUAAAUACUGUCAAUUCUGUGUCUUUUUUAACAGUAUCUUUAUUUUUACUUAACUAAAGUUAAUGUAUGUUAAAAGCUUACCAAAAAUUGUUGGUGUUCAAUCUAAAGGUAUUGACAGAUAUUUGAAUGACUAUAAAUUCCCACUGUCACUCUAUUAUAUUUGGCAUGCCUAAGUGAUCAUUUAAUAUGUAAAAUAAUCAAGCAGGAUGACUUUCCUCUCUUGGGUGGAAAAAAACAUGAAAUUUGCAUGUUGCAAUAUUUGCAAGUAAAAUUCAAAUCUGUCUAGAGGUAGAUUUAGCAUCAAACAAUUUAUUUUUACUAACAAACUGACUAUGUUUUAGCAACGGUAUGUUGACUCAUGCUUUUCAUUACACACAAGGUGAUUGGUAAAUCAGUCUAUUUAUUUCAUGACCAUACUUCCUAGAGUCAGCUUUCAGGUAUCCAUGCUACAGGAAGGGAGUUAUAAGAGAACAGUCAUAAAAAAUAGAUUAUCUAUAGGGCUGGGAUUGUGGCUCAGCAGUAGAGCGCUCACCUAGCUUGUGCGGGGCCCUGUGUUCGAUCCUCAGCACCACAUAAAAAUAAAUUAAUGGAAUAAAGGUAAAAAAAAAAUAGAUUAUCUAAACCCAUUUCUGGAGUUGGGACUGCCAUUGCCGAAGAGAUAGUCAUGAUGCCAAACCUCAGUUGGUGCUAUAAGAAGAAAGCUUCUCUUUGAGUAUAGAUAUGAGAGGAAAGUGAUUCUACACAGUGUAAUUGCUAUAAAACAAAAAGAAGACAAAUCAGUUCUAGAACUCAGACAUGCAAAACUUUAGCAUCAAUCAGGAGGAAUUGAUUUUAUGUAUAUCUUAAAAUGUGUAACAAAGUAAAGUGAACAUAUCUUUAAAAUGCUGUGAAUUUUGAUCUACUCUUGACAAUGAAAUAGAGUUUUAUCCCUAUGUACUGAAAUUGUUUAGCAACAUGUUAUUGCAAUAGAACAGUAUUUAUACUUCUGGCUAUACUAUCUUUAAAAAUGAGUAUAGUCUGAGAUAUGGUUAUAGAAUUCCUCCCCUUAUUUAUAUCUUAAGAAUUUCUUAAGGGGUCAGUUUCACUAUUUGAGGUGUUAUAUUUUUUCAGUUUUAUAUCUUUUCUUAAAUGUCAGCUACCUACAAAUUAUUGUACAUAUUUUGCUAAAACUGAAGCAUGUCUCUUACAAGUUUAUUCUUUUAUGAUAUUCUAAACAAUUACCUAACUUUUUUUUCCCAAUUAAAUGUUUAAGGAAAUUAACUCCAUUUCUAAAUCAUAGUAUUUUUUGCACUUUUAUCACACUAAUCUUUACCUUCUGUUCAUACUAUAAUUUCCAUAAUGCUUACUCAGGCACAGUAGUUACAUAUGACAGUGUAUAGAAGGCUCCAGAAAUGUCACUCCCAUCCCUUAAAGGUUGGCGUAUGUCCUGGUACAGCCAUGGAGGUCCAUAUGGGUGAAAAGCCCAGAAGUCGACCUGAGCUGAAAGCACUCCCAAGGAGUUUGGUUUUGUUUGGGUUUGUUCUAGGUAUGGUCCCAGGGAUCCCAGAUCAAACCAGGCCCCUGGGCCUAUCCUAGAACCAACCUAAGCUCGUGCAUCAUUCCUGGAACAUCACGAAUGUGAAGACUGAAGAUAACCUGAGGCUGACCAGACAUCCUGUGUUCACCAAGAUUCACAUCUUUUUGUAUGUAUGUUGUCUUUUAGCAAGGGUUGGUUGGUUAUCCCUCUAAAAUUAGAGGGACAACAUUUGGUAACACUACAUAGUCUUCCCAGACUUUGACACUGUAGUAAUUUCUCUUAAUAGGAAUUCUCUACAAUUACUAUUAAUUGCCAGUGAGGAGAGUUAUUCUUGUGAUUUUUAUUAUCACAUAAUAGAUUAAAAUGUCUAUUUUCAGUUGAAGCAACUUAGCCACCAAAAAAAAAAAAAAAAUCAAUCCCUGACCCAAAAGCCCUCCUCAAAAAUGAAUGGGUUUUGUUCUCUUAAAUACUCUCUACUCAACAAUAUUGUACGAGUUUCAUUUAACUGAAUAAUAAUUGUUCACAGUUUCUGAAGGGCAUUUAGUCUUUGCCUUCUGGUUUCAAUGCUAAGUGAUUUUAAAAUCUUGUUUCAGAAGACUACCACCUUUUUCCUUGAAUCUAUAAUUGAAUCUAACUUUCAGAGCUCACUUUGAAAGUUUCUGCUAUUGUUAAUGAAAACAAGCUAGGAUAAUGUAAAAAUGGGUUAAGGGCUCAAAUUUUACAUCAGUAGUUUGCAGAAGAUUUUUAGUAAGAUUAAAUUCAUCUUGUGGCCUCAUAUCAUAAUUGUGGCAUUGCUAUAGUCACAUAACAUGUUUUUGUUGUUGUUGUUAAUUUAGUAGGUGAGAUCUCUGAAGAGUCAUGCAAGCACCUUACACCCAAAAGUUAUGGUGCACAAUGAAAACAUACUUCUGCUAAUGCUGGCUUCUGCAAUAGCUUUAGACCAUGUGUAAAUAACUGCAAACUAAUCAGAAACUCCACAUGUGAAAGAAACUUGAAACUGUUGUUCCUCCAAGCUUUAUCACAGCAAAAUUUGGUCAGUAAGCUAUCCUUCAAAAUAGGACUGGGGUCAUAUGGAGGCACAUCUGAAUAAGUCAACUGUGGAAUUAAUUUUAUGCUGUAUUCAUCCAUAGGUGGUAUUAUUUUUCCUUUUAAGUCUGAUGUUUACACCUCUCUCUCAAUGUUUUCUUUUCUGCAGUGUGUUUCUCUGUAUUGGUGUGCUCAUCUGGCAGCACAGUUAACUGUGUUUGUUGCCCAUAGCCUGAAAUGAAUGUGAACCCAUUUUAGGUUUAUAUACGGUACAUUUAUAUUUUACAGUACAAUAUAUUGUCAAUAUAUUUUGGGGGCCCUUGCACUCUCUUUUAACAUGGUUAGUUAGAAAUACUGAAAAUAGGAAUGUGUGGACUGUUUAAGGAGUUAAGGCUUGCUUAUAUAGUAAGUUUAUAAAGUGGAGUGGGAGAUGUAGCUCAGUGGUAGAAUGCUUAACAUGUGCAAGACCCUAGGUACAAUCCCCAGGACCACCGAGAAAAUUUUAAGUGUACAGUUCAGAAGCUUAAGUGUAUUCACAUUGUAAUGAUAUGUAUCUCCAGAACAUUUUCAUCUUGAAAAUUUGAAACACUUACCCGUUAAAUAAUAGGAAUUCUCUAUGAUUACUAUUAGUAAUCCUUUUCUUUUCCCCACAGCCCCUGCUGCCAUUCUACUUUCCAUUAUGUCCUCAAAGUUCAUCCAUAUUGUGGCAUGAGACAGGUCUUCCUUCUUUUUUAAGGCUGAAUAGUUAAGUAUUAACCACAUUUGUUGAUCCAUUCAUGUGUUGGACACUUGGGUUGCUUCCACCUCUUGGCUAUUAUGAAUAAUGCUGCUAUGAAUGUGGAUGUGCAAAAUCUUUUCUUUUUACACAUAACAUUUUCUUUAUUAAUCACUGUCUGUAUUUUAUCACAUCAAUUUUGGGUUAGCUAUUUAGAAGAACCCAACUGUAGGUUUGUAUAUCUCUGUAUUAUUGUUGUUCCUUCUAAGCUUUAAAAAUCUCUAAAUAAAAUCUGUACCUCCUUA